AUGACGACCGCAUUCUCCUCUUUGCCGAUAGUCGAUUUGUCGGUCUUGUCCGAAGCACAUCCUUCCUCGAGCUCCUUAGAGCUUCUCAGUCAGAGACUGUACGAUGUUUUCGCAACUACAGGCUUCGCCUAUCUGGUCGGGACUCCCUUGUCCUCCACCCACGAGGAUGUCUUCGGCCUUGCAGAGGACUUCUUCAAGCUGGCGGAAGCAGAGAAGCUGCGUUUAGCUAAGAAGACCUUCGUCAGCCAGAACAGCAAUACCUACCGUGGCUACUUUCCCAUCCAACCAGGACAUCUAGAUAACCUCAAGGAGGGUUUCGAGAUUGGCCCGAGCACAACCACCCGUGAUGAUCAUCCCAGUCGACACAAAAAGUUCAACCUAACCGAGGCUAAUGUAUGGCCUCCAAGCAGUUCCUUCGCUGAGAGAAGGCAGAAGCUCGAAAAGUUCCAUACGGAACUGCAGACAUUGUCAGCCACUCUACUAUCCUUGCUCGCGGUCGCGCUCGGCAAGCCACCAGACCACUUCGCCUCAUAUCUGGUCGACUCGCUGUCAACCCUACGACUUCUCCACUAUCCACCGCAGCAGAGUAGCACCGGGUUGUGCUGUACGCCCCACACCGACUCUGGCCUGUUGACUCUGCUACACCAGGACCCUACAGGCGGUUUGGAGGUCCAGAACGCCGAUGGUGAAUGGAUCCCGGCGCCAUACGUCCCAGGCUCCUUGGUCGUCAACAUUGGCGAUCUAAUGGCGAAGGUUAGUGGUAGUAGGUUCGUUGCUACCAUGCAUCGUGUCCGAUCUACCGCUUCUGCAGGCGGUGGUAGUGGUGGUGGGAUAGGUCGCCUGAGCGUGCCGUUCUUCUUCGAGCCAGGAGAGAACUGUGUCGUUCGUGGUGUUGACGGCGGACAGAGCGUUAUAUAUGGCGAGUACGUGAGGAAGAAGAUGGGGAUCUGGGUAGAGUACCAAGACAUGCCGGAGGACACUGUCAGUUACGAGACCGCCACAAGUGCAGCCAUCGAGGCUUAUUGA